CCGUUGAUUCGCCUAGAACCCUAGGAGGGUCUCGCCCUAAUCUUUGGAGGCGCUGCGCCAUGGCGGACAAGCAGAAUCCCAUGCGGGAGAUCAAGGUGCAGAAGCUCGUCCUCAACAUCUCCGUCGGCGAGAGCGGCGAUCGGCUGACAAGAGCCGCCAAGGUCCUGGAGCAGCUCAGCGGACAGCAGCCAGUGUUCUCCAAGGCGAGAUUCACUGUCCGCUCGUUUGGCAUCCGGCGAAACGAGAAGAUCGCGUGCUACGUGACGGUGAGGGGCGACAAGGCGAUGCAGCUCCUGGAGAGCGGCCUCAAGGUCAAGGAAUACGAGCUGCUGCGCCGGAACUUCAGCGACACCGGCUGCUUUGGAUUUGGCAUCCAGGAGCACAUCGAUCUCGGCAUCAAGUAUGAUCCAUCCACUGGGAUUUACGGGAUGGAUUUCUUCGUGGUGCUCGAGCGGCCUGGAUACCGCGUCGCGAGGAGGAGGCGAUGCAAAUCCAAGGUCGGACACAAGCAGCGGGUGACCAAGGAGGACGCCAUGAAGUGGUUCCAGCUCAAGUACGAGGGUGUGAUCCUUAACAAGUCCCAGGCAAUCUGAGAUCAUCGUGAUGGACUUUCUUUUUUGUUCUAUCAAAAGCUUUAGGGUUCUUGGAGCUCGGGUUUACGCUGAAUAUAUAAAAGCGUGUUAACCACGUGGAUUUAGGUU